AUGAUGGUCACGGAAUCUGGUGUAACUCCGGCCAUAUUACAUACUGCUCAAACUAAAUGACGCCAUUUCCUGGAAUUCAAGGAAGUGGGUCUUCUCAGGUGGAACUAAGGAAGAGAUCUGAUGUCAGGUAGUUGUUUAGGAGGGGAGGGGCAGCGGCAGCGUCAGGGUCAGGAUUCCACGGAGGAUGGGGCGAAAGUUUUUAUAUGCCAUUCAGGAGUCCAUUACUUUAAUUGUGUAAACAUUCACAAUUUAUAUACAUUGUAUAACGUGUGUGCAUAUAACGCUUAUAUAGUUUGCUACAAGUCAGCUGUGCUGUAAAGAAGCAACGUUUUAAAUCUACUUACAUGCAGCUUCCACAAACAGGUUUUACAAGCUUCUCUGAUCUGCUGUCCUCGGUGAGAUUUGCUGAUGGUUAACAGGCACUGUAUGCAAUGAAUUUGGAACCCAGCCAUGGAUGGGCAAAUACCCAAAUCUAUGUUCAUCUUUAUUCUAUUGGCAGUAUCAGGAUUUUUACUGUUGAUUCUCAUCAUGUUUAUGGAAGAACUGAACGAUCAGCUAAUGUUUACCUUCCACCAAAUACAGAGAAGCAUCGACUCAGCCUUUAAGCCUCCUGAAAUCUUGUGGCCUCUGGGUGCAAACCAUACUUACUGUGCACACUUUGGCAAGAAGCCCACUGCAGAAGAGGCAAAAGAAGAAAGAGAUCUGCUCAGUUCCAUUGCAUGGCCAGGCCCCUUGGUGCAAGGCUUGCCUGUGGAGCUCAGCAGUGACCCUGCCAAGAGCUACUUUGUGAUUCUGGGCUCGUCAAAAAAACACAAAGGUGGUCAGCUUCUGGUCAAUGUACAUAUGCAGAACUUUUUGGGCCUUCCCAAGGAUCAUGGUGGAGAUUUUCUGAUAGCCCGACUCCAUUCACCCAGGUUGGGUGCUGGGGUUGCAGGGAAGGUGCAUGACCAUCAAGAUGGCACCUAUACAGUGAUGUUCCCACUGUUAUGGACUGGUGUAGCGUGGGUUGAAAUCACCAUGGUGCACCCGAGUGAGGCAGUGAUGGUGCUUAAGAGGUUGCAGGAGGAGCAACCUGACAGAGUGUUUUUUAAAAGCGUGUUCAGCUCAGGUACCAUCUCAGAGACCACCAUGUGCAACUUGUGUCUACCACUGAAUGAGAAACCACUCUGCAACUACACUGAUCCUGAAACUGGAGAACCCUGGUACUGCUACAAACCCCAACAUCUAGGCUGUGAUACACGAAUAAAUCAUUCUAAAGGGGGAUACAAAAAGAACCUCAUUACUGAAUAUGAAGCACAAUUCUUCCAGAGUGGUGUAAAUCUCAAAAUUCCUAUACCUGCAGCAGCGAUGGACAAAGUCACUAUAUUGGCUGAAAAAAAAGGACAAACUAAAGUAAAAAAUGAUUACAUUUCUGCUGGCUACUACUUUCAUGACACCUGGAGGCCUUUGAAUGGUUCAGUCACCCGGCAGUUUAAAACCUCAUCAGCCAUAGCACAUUGUCUUAGAGGGAAGAAUGUCUACAUGUUUGGAGAUUCCACUGCGCGGCAAUGGUUCGAGUACCUUUCUGAUGUUCUUUACCUCACACAUCUAAUCCCUUACAGUCCUAAAAAAACGGGACCAUACUUGGCUGUGGACAGGUGGGACAAUAUUCUUGUGAGCUACCGCUGCCAUGGACCACCCAUACGCUUCACCUCUGUGCUUUCCUCUGAACUGGGCUACGUAGCAAAUGAGCUAGACAAGAUCCAGGGUGGGCCACGCACAGUUGUUCUUGUGAGUGUAUGGUCUCACUUCAGCACUUUUCCUAUUGAAGUAUAUAUAAGGCGCCUACGGCACAUCCGUAGGGCUGUGCUGCAGCUGCUGGCCCAAGAGCCAGAUACAGUGGUGGUGAUACGCACUGCAAACCUGCAGAAAAUUGGCCCAGAGAGCAGUCUGUUCAACAGUGACUGGUUCUCUUUACAAAGGGAUGCUGUGCUGCGUGCCAUGUUUAAAGGAAUCCAUGUGCAGCUGAUAGAUGCCUGGGAGAUGACACUGGCUCACCAUCUCCCACAUGACAUACAUCCACCCCUCCUCAUCAUCGAAAACAUGAUUGAUCUGAUCCUCUCCCACAUCUGUCCCGUUAGAGAAAUAUAGAUGUAUGAAAACAUCUUGUAAAACUGUCAAUAAAAACAUUUUAUCAUUUUGAA